AUGUCGCGACGCGCGCGCGCGCGCGCGGGGUGGUCGACGCGCGUCGCGAUCGCGGUGACGCUCGCGCUCGGCGCGGCGACGCGCGGACGCGCCGCGGCGGAGGCGUCGGUCGAGCCAUCGGCGCCAUCGGCCGCGGCGUCGCGCUGGCGCGAGCUCGCGCUGGACGAGGACGCGUUCGAGACGGUGAAAUCGUACGAUCGACCGAGUUAUUACGUCGACGCGGGCGGACGGGCGCGGUUCAGGGGAUGGUUCUCGAACACGGCGACGACGGAGGCGGGGAGCGACGCGCUGGCGACGCCGCUGCCGGCGGAGGCGCGACCGACGCGAGACGAACCGUGGAAGGUGACGAUGAAGGGCGCGGAGCGCUCGUUGACGGUGACGAUGGAUGGGAAAAUAGUGGUCGGGGACGAAUACGACGCGAACACGUGGUUUGUGCUGAAUGGAUUGGAGUUCGACACCGCGGCGGCGUUCGCGGAGGAGGAGACGUGCGACGCGGCGAGCGGGUCGUGUCCAACCGCGCGCGACGAGCUGUAG